UUUUUUUUUAUUAUUAUUAUUACCUAUUAUUUAUUUAAAAAGCGAACACUAUAAAGCAUCACAGUUUGCAGUUAUUCUCUGCUGUCCUCAAGAGUUUGAAAUUUUAAAUGUUUUAUUAGGUUUUACAUUCGUUUACACUUACUGUAAGUUCAGCCGUUUUGUGAUUCAAGUAAAUAAAAUAAUACAUGGAUGAAUAUGACAUCUGUUAACGGAGUAACUGAGCCUGGUUAACCAUAUCAAACGUUGAUCCCUUGGUAGGAACUGUUAUCUGUUUACUAGACACAACCAAUUCAGUCAUAAUAACAUUAUUGUUUUAGUAUGAAUUGGCAUGAACAUAGGAAUGCUCUGAGGAAAUAAACUGGUUUUCUGUCUAAUUAUUGGGUGGGGAGUGGGGUAUGGUGAUUAGUAUAUUCAGGCUGGAAUCCAUAUACAUAUGUACUGUAUGUAUGUAUGGUCUAAUAACAUGAAAAUCAGUGGUUAUAAACACAAAAACUGAGCUUAACUACUUAAUGGAUUGAUGAUGUUGCUGGAGUAUUAGGUGUUGAAAAAAGUCUGUAUGUGGUCAGAGCAAAUGUGACUGAUUGAUGUGGGAGAAGUGUUUUCCUGUCUGCUUCAGAGCUGCAGUAUAAAUUCUUUUUAAAUGAUGUGUGAGGGGGACAAGGUUUCAUUAGAUUCAACUGUUUUAAUCACGCAGUAACAUGAGGAUCAUUCAGCUCCAGCUCUGUGAGUUCAUCACAUAUUUUGGAUAUGUUUUACAUGUGCUUUAUAAUCAAUGAUUUUAUGUGGCUAAUCUUAUUUAUAAUGGCUGUGUGUCUAUUUUUUUUUUUUUAUCUUAUAGAUGUGUUAAUCUGUUGUCGAACUGCAGUCUCAGAUCAACUCACUGACCUGGGAUCAAAUGUGACCAUAAACUGUGAUCUUGAUGAAAAUGAGGUUUAUUGGAUUUUGCUGAAAACACCAGAUCCUCCAACAGUGAUUCUACGGUCAUUCCCAACACCAAGAUCACCUUUUUACUUGAAUAAAACAUUCAGAAUGAAAUAUUCCGUGAUAUUUAAACACCGUCUAGUUAUUAAUAAUGUGACCGCUGAUGAAUUAGGAGUUUAUUACUGUAUGAACACAGACACUCCUCCAAAACUCAGCAACAGCACCAGACUGCACUUCACCGAAUCAACUCCACUAAGUCACAAUCAUACAACGGUGAAGUGUAUUGAUCAGAAUCAGAAUCAAACACAAUGGCAGAUCAUCAUUAUCAUAUCUGGACUAAUGAACGGGCUUCUGCUCAUUGUGCUGAUCGGACUGGUAAAGGUUUUUGUUAUUGGAAACAGAAGGUCUGCAGAAGAAUCACAACUCAACACUGAUCUACAGCAGACACAAGUUACAGAAGAGCACGACUUACAGUACGCCACAAUGGAUUUUUCCAAGAUGCGUAGAAAUAUUCGGCACAGCCAAAUCAACAGCACAUAUGCAGCUCUAAACCUGCCGAAGUCAUGAACACACACGUAUGACUGAUCUUAUACUUAUUUUCUUCACUUGUUCUUAAUGUUUAUUCAACUUCUAACCACAAACUGUUUGGCACAUUAACACACGACAUUAACCAGCCAAAAGUUCUUACAUUCUAUAGAUCAGGGGUUUUAAAACUGGUGUGUGUGGAUCACAGAAAAAUUAUAUAUAUUGAUUCCAUUUGAUAUUAUUACACCAGUUAUUUUAAGUUAUUUUAUUGAAUUGACAGCAACAUUUUGUUUUAUUUAUUUGAUUUAUACAUCUAACAGCAGGUCGACAACCACAUUCUGUGUCUCCUUAACAGAAUGUAAAUAAUUUUCCCGACAAUAUUUUACUUUGCUUUUAUUUUUAAAUGCAGUAUGGAUGUUUGGAAUGUUUUAUAGAUGAAAUUAUGGAAACUAAGGAAUCGGAGGUUGUGGUAUCAAAAAGAUUUUAAAACUGAAAAUGAAAUUUAAAAACUUUAUUCUAUCUUUUGAACAAUAUUGGUUGAAACUUCUGUGAGCAAUUGUUGACAUAAUAUCUUCUUUGAAAAUACUUUAGUCUUUAAACUGUCGUGACACAAAGGAGAUAGCUUAG